AUGAAUUUGGAAAAACUACUUGAAAAAUUAAUACAUAAUUUGUUGGAAAAAGAAAAACUGAGUAAAUUUUACAUAAUAAGAAAGAGGUAUAGUUAGAUUUUCAAGUGAAGACAGAGCAAUUAAGAUGUGAGUGGCUUAGCGUCAAAAUAGUGAUGGGAAUGAAAAAGAGACUAUUUGGCAAAUAAGGUAAAUAAAUUUAAGGUAUUGUUCAAAAAUAUCAUUAAAAUUUAUAGGUUCAUGUUCUGAAAAUAAAACAAACAUCUUUUAAAGAAACAACAAAUAAUUAAUAAAAAUUGAAAAAGUUCGAGAAAUUAAGAAUGAAGAUUUAGGAAAUAAAAUAUGUUUAAUUAAUCAUUGUUAGUUAUCAUUAAAUAUAUUUUUAGUAAUUUUGUUGUGAUUAAUUAAAAAAAAUAAUUGAAAAUAUCUAGCUUAUAAUGAUUAUCUAUACAUGUUUUAUAUGA